AGAGGGGCAGAAUGAAUGCUCGUCUGCCUCAGCGAGUCGGUUGUUCACUCGUCAGGACGACGUGAACAUGCGCUGGUAGUCCCAACUUGGGCGUGCCAGUUGCUGAGGACGUCUUAUCGUCUUCCCCAACUGGAUCACACGGAUUUCUCUGCACAAAAACACAAUCCAGUUCGAACCAACCAACCAGCAGCCCUGCCCCUGCUUCUCUUCUUUCUCUUGCCCAUGGCCGCUGCUGCUGCCUUCUUCUGCGCCCUGCUGUUCAUCUCCGUGCAGCACGGCGUUCUCGGUGGCUACACGAGGAAUGAUUUCCCUGCUGAUUUCGUCUUUGGAGCCGCCACCUCGGCGUACCAGUAUGAGGGCGCUGCCGCAGAGGAUGGCAGGGGCGCUAGCAUCUGGGACACGUUCACUCAUGCAGGGAAAAUGAAGGACAAAAGUACAGGCGAUGUUGCCUCAGAUGGGUACCACAAAUACAAGGGUGAUGUCAAGCUCAUGACUGAAACUGGCCUAGAGGCAUAUAGGUUUUCCAUCUCCUGGUCAAGGCUUAUCCCAAGUGGAAGGGGAGCUGUCAACCAACAGGGGCUCAAGUACUACAAUAACAUUAUAGAUGAGCUAACAAAACGAGGAAUUCAAGUCCAUGUCAUGCUUUACCAUCUGGAUCUCCCGCAAGCUUUGGAAGAUGAGUAUGCUGGAUGGUUAAGCCCUAGAAUUGUGGAGGAUUUUACUGCUUAUGCGGAUGUGUGCUUCAGGGAAUUUGGUGAUAGAGUUUCGCACUGGACUAUUUUGGCUGAACCUAAUGUCGCUGCACUUGGAGGUUAUGACACAGGAGAAUUCGCUCCAGGACGUUGCUCUGAUCCUUUUGGAGUGACCAAAUGUACAGUGGGGAAUUCCAGUGUGGAACCAUAUGUAGCAGCUCACAAUAUGAUACUAACACAUGCAGCUGUUGUUAGACUGUACAGAGAAAAAUAUCAAACUCUGCAAAAGGGGAUUGUUGGUAUAAACGUUCUUUCCUUGUGGAGUUAUCCAUUAACAGACUCCACUGCGGAUCUGCAAGCAGCUCAAAGAUACAAGGAUUUCACGUACGGAUGGAUACUGCACCCAUUGGUAUUUGGAGAUUACCCACAAGUAAUGAAGAAAGCUAUCGGUUCUCGUCUUCCAUCCUUCAGCAAAGUCCAAACUGAACUAGUCAAGGGUACUCUAGAUUUCAUUGGAGUAAAUCACUACUUUUCUCUCUAUGUGAGCGAUCUCCCUUUGGCAAAAGGAGUUCGAGACUUCAUUGCUGAUCGAUCAGUAAGCUGCAGAGCUUCUAAAACGGAUCCAUCGUCGGGGCAGCAAGCCCCAACGCGGUCUAUGGGUGAUCCACACGGAUUACAACUAAUGCUACAGCACCUGAAAGAGUCCUAUGGUGACUUGCCAAUUUAUGUCCAGGAGAAUGGGAAGGCAUCUAGCAAUGACAGUCUCGACGACACUGACAGGGUGGAUUACAUAAAGGGCUACAUAGAGGGCGUCCUGAAUGCGACCAGGAACGGGGUUAAUGCGAGAGGCUACUUCGCUUGGUUCUUCGUGGACAUGUUCGAGCUCUUGUCCGGAUACCAGACGCGAUACGGCCUCUACCGCGUGGAUUUCGACGACGCGGCGCUGCCGCGGCGAGCGAAGCGUUCUGCUCGCUGGUACCGUGACUUCCUCAAGAGCAAGCGGCAACCGCUGCAGAUUGCUCAGCAGUGAGGUUUCACGCAACGGUCUCGCUGUCGCUGCGAUCUUUGAGGAGGAUGCACUAGUGGUGGCAAGGGGAUAUGGUUUUAAUUAUGAGGUCUUGUGUUUAAUCGUCAACACGUUUAUAAUUUCUUUUUAAAAGUUGUUUGGAGAAACGUCUCCCUCCAAAUCUCAAAAAAAAAAGAGGAUGCACGGAUUGGUUGAUCAAGAAAUUGCUCGUGCUCGGUGACAGGAAA